UAUCGACGGACUCAAGAUGGCGACUCGGGCAAAAGCGCCAAUACAUGUACCGAAGUAGAUGCCCCAGAAUUACCCCUGUAAUAGUCGCUUUUUACCGAGCCCCGUUUACAGGGUUCCCUCGAAACAUGAAGCCCGGCGGAGUGCGGCCGGAGAGGGAUUGACCCCGUGAGGAUCCGUGAGGAAAGUGAGCGAGAUGUGCGAGAGCUACGCUCGCUCGCUGCUGCGCGUCUCGGUGGCGCAGAUCUGCCAGGCUCUGGGCUGGGAUGCGGUGCAGCUCACUGCGUGCGACCUGCUGUCCGACGUGCUGCACAGAUACAUCCAGCAGCUGGCCCGGGUCUGCCACCGCUACUCCGAGCUGUAUGGGAGAACCGACCCGGUGUUGGACGAUGUCAGCCAGGCGUUCAGACUGAUGGGGGUGAGCCUGGGCGAACUGGAGGACUAUGUCAACAACCUGGAGUCGGUGCCCUUUCCCCAGCAGACACCCCUCUUUCCUGUCAGCAAAAACAAUGUCCUGCAGUUUCCUCAGCCGGGAGCCAGAGAUGUGGAGGAGCGAAAGGAUUACAUUCCAGAUCACAUGCCACCGCUGGUCUCCUUACAAGAAGAAGAGGAGGAGGAAGAGGUCCCUCCUGACAUGGGCACCUCCGCUGAAGCUAUGCAGGUGGCUCUAGAAGAAGACGAGGAGGAAAUCGACGAGGACGAGACGGUCAAUGACGAAAACCACCCGUUAAAGAGACACCUGGACAGUCCCGAUGCGGCGUUGGGGAUGAUGCCCAACUCCAAGAGACCUCGCUUGUACUCCGGUCUCAGCCCGGAGUGGGGGGUUGAGCCCCGGGAGCCUCUCAUCUCCCUCAACCCCCAGCGCGUACUGCCGGGCAUUUUGCCUUCUCAUGACAGCUUUGACCAGCUGUCACCUGAAACACCACCGGGAGUCCCCCCUUCUUUCAGACCUCAGCCGAUCAUGCCAAAACACUUCGAUCAAAAGGGCCUGACCACACCGGGAAAGAAGACGAAGAUCUCCUCCCCUGGCAGGCAACGGACUAAGUCCCCUAAAAGGGUUGUGCCUGUUCCAGUCGCUGGGAGUCCUAUCCAUUCUCCAAAACCAUCCAAGGAAAGGAAGAAAUCCCCAGGCAGGACGAAGAGUCCUAAAAGCCCCAAGAGCCCAAAGAUGAGCUCUGCCAAAGCACCUCAACCUCCGAGCAAGACGGAAGGGCUGCAUAAGCUGCAGCUGUCUGCACUGAACGAGAGGAUGGGCAAAGAGAAUAUCCGGAACAUUGAGGAAAGGGAGUUAGCCGAAGGCGCCUUCAAGAAACUCGAGCCUGAUAAUACAGCCAUUGAUGACUCUAUUGACGCCGUCGUAGCCAGAGCGGGUGCUGAGGCGGAACCUGAUCCCUUUGCUUUUUCCUCUGGCUCAGAUUCCGAUAGCAAUGGCUUCUCCAGCCCCAAGAGGCUGACCAUUAUGGAGCCAUUUACACCCAAACUCCCCAUAGGGGAAGGGAACUUGUUAAAGGAGACAUCAAAACCACCUCACCUACCGCUACACGCAGGCAUGGGGGGAAACUGGACCUUGGAAGAUUCAAUCAAUGAGGUGGUCCGAAAGGCCAACCAGGGGGGUCCGUCCGCUCCCCCCCAGAGCCAAGCAGAGUACGUGUCGUCAGGAUCGGCCUCGCCGCCCACUCCUCAGCCGCUGCUCAAAGUGUUUGAGGAGAAGAACAACAUCGUCGCCUCGGUGGACGUGAAGAAGAAGACGAAAAAGGAGCUCAAAUUUAAGAUGAAGAAGAAGGAGAAGGAUAAGCCGAAGGACAAAGACAGAGAAAAGGACAGGAGCAAGCUCAAAGAGAAGAACAAGGACAAGAACAAGGACAAAAGCAAGGAGUUUUCCAAGGAUGUCAAAAUGCCCUGGAAGGAGUUCGGCAUGAAGAUCGAAGACCACUUUCUCCAGCAGGACCUGACGCUGCCCGAGGGCUCCAUCAAGGCGAAAUCAAAAGAUGGAGACGGCUCGAAGAAGGAGAAGGAGAAACACAAAGACAAAAAGAAAGAUAAGGAAAAAAGUAAAAAGGAUAAAGAUAAGAAGGAGAAGGGUAAAGACAAGAACAAGGAGGACAAGCAGAAGCAGCCGGGCUUAUCCGCCUUCGCGCUGGGCGAAGUGUCUGCCCUGUUCAGCCCCGCGACCUGCCACCGUAUUACCACCAUGCUGCCCCCCCUGGCGCCCAUCCUGCAGGAGAAGGAGACCAAGAGCAAGGAGAAAGAUAAGAAAAAGGACAAGAAAGAAAAGAAAAAGAAGAAGGACAAGGAGAAGGACAAGGAGCGGGAGAAGGCAAAAGAAAAGGAGCGGGAGAAGGAGGAGAAGAGGAAAGAGAAGGAGCGGGAAAAGGAGAAACGGGAGAAGGAGAAAGAGAAAGAAAAAGAGAGAAUUCGACUGGAGAAGGUGAAGACGGAGACUCCGGCAGCCUUACCGUCGCCGGUCAUCCCCAGACUGACCCUGCGGGUGGGAGGCCAGGACAAGAUUGUUAUCAGCAAGGUGGUUCCCAAUGCCGAGGCCAAGACGCCAGCACCAAAGACCCCCGCUGCCAAGUCUGGGCCCGGAAACCGUCCCCGGACGCCCCCCCCACUCCCGAUCCUCCCCCUGGUGGUUCCGACUCUUCCAGCAGUCCCGUCCCCGCUCCCGCCUCCUCUUCCCCCGGCAGCAUCGCUGCUGGCGCCGCCCUCCAUGCUGACGCCCGCUCCUUCCAUCAAGACGCCAGUCCGCAGCGUAGUGACCGAGACCGUGAGUACCUACGUGAUUGUAGACAAAUGGGGAAACCAGAUCUGGAUUUGUCCCGGAUGCAACAAGCCUGACGACGGCAGUCCCAUGAUCGGAUGUGACGACUGCGACGACUGGUACCAUUGGCCUUGCGUCGGGCUCGUCGCGGCUCCUCCGGAUGAGCAGCAGUGGUUCUGCAUUAAAUGUUCCAGCAAGAAGAAGGACAAAAAACACAAGAAAAAGAAACACAAACCACACUGAGACUAUGCAAAGAAAAAAAUAAAGAGCACAUAUUUUGAACUUUUUUUGGACUAAAGCCAUCAUUGAACACUCGUGGCACUGCUGUAAAAAUAAUAAAAAACGGAAAGAAGUUGGGGGCUGACUUAAACCGCUGAUUUAUUUUGAUUUUUUUUUUUUUUUUUUUUUUUUUUUUUUUUUUUUUAAUGAUGUCAGCCAUAAGGCAUUGUGAGUUUGUAAGAAAAAAAGGCUUUAACCAGCACAUAUUAAGCCUUAGUUUUCAUGUGGGUUCCUGCCCCUUUUCACCUGUAAAGCAUUUGCUUGUUUUGGAUGUCUGCUGGUUUCCUGACAUUUAUGUCCGUGUGAUAUGAGAAAACCGCGGCAACAUCAAAAUAUCAGAGCUUGACUUUGCAGCGAAUCAGAGGAGAGCAGCUAUGGUCUGUUCUCAUUUCUGUUUGCUUCACAUUGCCACAGAAGGACCGGCCUCCACAUCAGACCUUUCUUCAGUUUUCUGCAGUAUCGUUAAAAUCUCAUGUGUAUAUAUAUAUCGAUGAUGGCAUCAGGCAUGUAUAAAUGUGUAAAUACCAACUUCCAAGAGACGUGCAUUUUGUUCUUAGGAUUCUGACUUGCUAAAACCAUUUUCUGAUAUUGGUCUGUAAUUUCUGUACAUUUUUUAAAUUUAAAGUUUGUAUUUUUAUUUUAUUUUAUUUUUUUCUUCACAUGAAUUAGUUCUGGAGUUAUACUGUAGCUGUGCUUGUAAUGUAAUUAAUUUCGCUAAUAUUUCAAUAUUAAAGAUGAACAGUCUGUGUGUGCACAGACUUUUAAGAAGUAAAUUUCAUUAUCAUCACAACUGUACCUAGAUUUUCUGUAAUCUAUAUUUUAUUUUCCUCCUGUGCAUUAUUCUCAAGAAUUAUCCCCUUUUUAUUGAUUUUUUUUCUUUUUUUUUUUUUUUUGCACUUGCUUUAUGAAAAUAGACUGCAAAGAUUUUAACAAACCAAGUUUCACAUGCUGGUUUUUUGUUCUUUCACAUUACAAGUGUAUUCUGUUGAGUUUAACUUAUUGGUUCUAGCCAGGAUCGACCUUUUAACCCAGUCCGUAUGACACAUUUGAGGUUACUCUGUCAUAUUAUUGAUGCAGUUUAUUUUUAAGGAUUGAUCAUGGUUUGGAAAGAACCGAUUACUUCUGAAUACUGUGCCAUUUGUAGACGUCUUGUUGCGCUUCCAUGACUGGCCACGUGGUGUCACUGUUUCAGCGCAGAAAUUGUGGCUCCGUUCAUUCAUCAGUUUAUGAAUGUAAGAAAUGUAACAGGUGUCUCAUGCCUGACACAUGUAGGACCUUUAUCCCAAGCAUGCCUUAAAGUGAAACCGGUUCUAACCUGCUCUCACAAUUAUGAGGGGACUCAUUAUUCUGAACUUAUGGACACUUGGCAUCUCCAGACAAAACACUUAAAUGUUUGAGAUUUAGCUGUUUUAUAAUUUUUGUUUGGAGGAUGUGGUCUAAGUGAUCGAUAAUGCUGUCUAAAUCAAGAGAUUAAAAGAAAGAAAGAAAAGAAAAAAAA